GAGAAGCGCCCACCAGCAAAGUACGAGACGAGUUACAAGCGAGAGUUCCGUGCAUAGAGAUUAGAAAACACUGAAUUUGCUAUAGGCUACAUCACAAAAUAAGUGCGCUGCAGAUCAUUUUACUUAUGUUAAAGAUAUUUUACCACGGAUAGGCACUGAUAUAUGUGUAUGUAUUUCUUUUCUAAGUACCUGUAGGCUUGCAUUACUGGAAAGCAUCACUCCGGCGCUUAGGCUGAGAGAGUAAGCGGCAAUACAAGGGGAUCGCUUUUCCCUGCGCUGGAUGAACAUUUUGGAGAAACUUUUCUUUCAUGCAAAUUCCUCCCGCCCUUCAUUGUUUUCAGCAUAGGUUGUCGUUUUGUUAAAACGCGAGCUUAGCAGUCUGCUGUUUUUAAUUGCCACAUUUUGUCGUUGGAUUUCAACCGAGGCAGACGUAAAACUUUUUAAUGCAAAACUUCAUGUAUGAGAAGACGAUGGCACCAGAGAGCAGAAACGGAGGAAACGCAACAUUAAAUAAUAAUAACGGCAUAGACAACAGGAAGAGGAAAUUUCUCGUCUUUCUAGAUCUCUUCUGUUUGUUUUUAGUCAUGCUCCCUUCCAUCGCGGUACACAACGCGGCUGUCCAGCCCUACCAGCGCGGCUUCUUCUGUGACGACGAGAGCAUCAGAUACCCCUUUAAAAGGAGUACCGUCCCCUCACCCAUCCUGCUGGCCACAGGCCUCAUAGUGCCAGUCAGCUCUAUCAUCAUUGGGGAGUGGUACAGGAUCCACUACCUGAACCAGGGUUCCAUGUCCUUUGUGGGUAACCCCUAUAUCUCCGCCCUGUAUAAGCAAGUGGGCGUCUUCAUCUUUGGCUGUGCUAUUAGCCAGUCCAUCACGGACAUCGCCAAGGUGUCGGUGGGCCGGUUGCGGCCACACUUCCUGGCCGUUUGCAAGCUGGACAUCUCCACAAUGAACUGCUCCAGCGGCUAUAUAACUGUGUAUGACUGCGAGGACGAGAUCAAAGAGCAGGAGGCCAGGAAAUCGUUCUUUUCAGGCCACGCCUCCUUCUCAAUGUACACCAUGCUGUACUUGGCGUUCUACCUGCAGUCCCGCUUCACGUGGCGUGGUGCCCGUCUCCUGAGGCCCCUCCUGCAGUUCACCCUUCUGAUGAUGGCCUUCUACACCGGCCUCUCCCGUGUGUCCGACCACAAGCACCACCCCACCGACGUCCUGGCGGGAUUCGUUCAGGGGGCGUUGGUGGCCUACUGCAUUGUGUUCUAUGUGUCCGACCUGUUCAAGGCCAAAGCUAAGAGCACUAGCGUGCCACCCCCUCCGGUGAAGAAGGAGCUGCUGCCCACGGCGGACAUCAUAGAGAGGAACAACCACCACAACAUGGUGUGAGGGGGCGCCCAAGCACGACCCGGAGCACGCAUGAAGGAGAACGCCAACACACCUGUGACACAUGACCAACAAAGUGCUGCUCGGAUUUCUCAUCUGACAGUAGAAUGUAGGCAAGAGAGGCAGACAUUUAACCCACCCCAACCCCCCCCCCACCCCCCCCAUAGGAAAUGUCUGUCCUUUCGUCUGUCCUUUUAGCUAGAGCCCGUUUCCAGAAAGGAGAGAGUGGGCAGACGCGAAGCCCGAGUCUCCUGAUAUUUGUGACUGUGGAUUCGCAGAACAGGAACAUUAGGCUAUGAAUGAGCAAAUGGAUGGAUGAAUGAAUGAGGGAUGGAUGACUGAAUGAUGAAUAGAUGCAUGAAUGAAUGGAUGUCAUGUUGGAUGUGCAGCUGGCUCUCAUUCUCCUUUUGAGGCUCUCGUUUUUUGUUUGUACUCAUUCCCCCCCCUCACCCCAAUUCAGCCAUGUUGGCCCUGUUUUAACAACAAAUUCCUAACUAUUAGGAAUGAUAUUCUUGUAAAAUUAUUAUCACACAAUGCACAUAUACAGGAAUAUUAACAGUGUAAAAUAACUUAUAGCACUAUAUCCAAACUCCGUAACCAUCGUCAUCCCUUACAGCCUGAAAUCAGUAGCUAUAAAGUGUGUUGUUGAUGAUUUUAGGAUACUGAGACCUUGCUGUUUCUGCGAGGAGGUGUGGAUAGGGACUGUGUGUAGUGUAUGCAUAUUGCAACCUUUUUGAAAAGUAUUAUCUGGGUCAGGUUGAGGGUAUGACAGCUUGUGCCCCCCCCCCCCCAACAACUUUGCACCCACUGUAUUGUAUGCGUGGCUGUGCCGUGCCUCCUCAUAGCAUUGGGGGCUCAGUGGCGGGUGAAGCCCCCUUCCAUCUCGACUCCGGAGCACAAGAGACACAGUUUGGCCAUUGACUGCCUCCUGCUGGUCGGGAGGGGGUCUUGCGUUGCCUUUUGGGGGUCGGCAAUCAUGCGGCCAGUAUAUGUCUUACUCGUCCCGGCUGCCUCAUUGGGGUCGGGAGCUGGACAGAGUCUGGACUUCCAUGACAAAAUUCCCGUUCCGGAUCGGGGGUUAAGGACGUUGAUUUUCAUCUUAUGUAGAUAGUUAUGAAGCAGAAGGAAAAGAAAACUGUGGGUUUUUAAUGUUCUCCUUUGUGCGAACAGAAGUGAAAUUCUUUUAAAUGUUUUGUCAUUGUUCUUGGACGUGUACAUAAUGUAACGUAAACCCUCCUGUCUUCCGUCCCGGCAGCAUGCACCACAUCCUCUCUCCUCCCGCUCACUGUACAGUCUGUUUCACCCCCAUCAGCCAUGAGCCCUCUGUCACCUCUGAAUAGAUCAAACCAAUUGUGAACUGGCCCAUAAGCCUGAUAAGUCCACUAUGAAUGACCUGUGUUUAUAUUUACAACUACUGCUUGAAAAGCAUCGACUGAACAACAGAUUUUUAUUCAGUGAAGUUAAAUUUUUUUUUGUUUUUGAUAGUACAUUUUAAUAAAGUUUUUAAAACUACAUUUAUGAUUGUAUUAAAAUCACCUAGUAUUUUUGUAUGGUCUCUUUUUGUACAAAAAAAAAAAAGUAUUAGCAAUUUUUCUUUCUUGCAAAAUAAAAAUGAAUAAAAAGCUUUUUAUCAGUGCA